AUGAUCUCCGCCGCCCCCGCUGCCGCCGCCGCCCUAGCCCCGCGUCUUCCUUACUCGGCCGGGUACCCACCGCCAGAGGUGAGGGAGAGAUCCCAGCUGCCCCUGAUUGGAGACGGCGCUGUCCCAGCCCCGGCAUUUUACCUCACCUCUGCACCCCUAGGCGGCGCUGCGCUCCUCCGCACAGGGCGGGCUUCGCUUUCCCAGACGGCUGCGGAUCCUCGGCGUGGACACCGAGAGGGAGGAUUGGUGGGAUGGGAGGUGGCAGUUCUCUGUCUGUGGGUUUCCUGCGGCGCUGCUGCGGGACAGCUCGAGUACUCAGUGCCAGAGGAGACCGAGCGGGGCGUAACCGUAGGCAAUGUCGCCGUGGAUCUGAAGCUGCCAGUGCCCACUCUGUCUUUGCGGAACUUUCGCUUACUUUCCAGCCACAGCUAGGAGUACUUCGGGGUGGACCUGGCCAGCGGUAGCUUGAUGGUUAGAAAGCCAGCGGGCCGCGAGCGGCUGUGUGGGACCAAAGCCGCCUGCGUCUUUAUCUAUGACCUAAUGCUGGAAGACCCGCUGGAGCUGUACAAGAUGCGAGUUCAUGUCCUCGACACCAACGACCACUCACCUCUCUUUCCCUCUGGAGACGUGCAGCUUCACAUCCCUGAGUUCCUGACACCUGGAGCCCGCUUUAUACUCCCUAAUGCCGAAGAUGCAGACGAGGGAAGCAAUGGGGUGCUAAGCUACAGUCUGAGCCCCAGCCAGCACUUUCGCCUGGACAUGGGGUCGCGAGCCGACGGCAGUGAAUACCUAGAGUUGGUGUUGGAGAAAGUGCUGGAUCGAGAGAAACGCACCAUCCACCUGCUGGUGCUCAUAGCUCGGGACGGGGUGCUGCCUGUGCUCUCCGGAGACAUACAAGUCACCGUCACUGUGGUAGACGCAAACGACAACUCUCCUGUAUUUGAGCACUCUGUAUACCGCACCAAGGUUCCAGAAACUGCACCCAAUGGGACCGUGUUAUUCCAAGUUCAAGCCUCGGAUCCAGAUGAAGGCUUCAAUGGAGAAGUCCGGUAUUCCUUAAGCAACAGCAUGAAAGCAGAGCUGCGACACCGCUUUCAAGUUCACUCUAAGAGUGGGGAGGUGUGGGUAGCUGCUUCGUUGGGUCCCCCUGAAAUGCUGUUGGGAUACAUCGAGGCCAGGGAUGAAGGCACCUUCAGUCUAGCCAGCACCACUAAGCUGCUGGUGGAAGUGACUGAUGUGAACAAUCAUGCCCCUGAGGUAAACUUCUUGAGUCUUUCCAGCCCAGUAUUGGAGGACGUGGCCCCUGGCACCCUGAUUGCUCUCUUUAGUGUAAAGGAUGAGGACUUGGGUCCCAACGGUAGGGUCCUUUGUAGCAUGUCCAGUGGAGGCCCUUUUAAGCUGAAGGCUUCAUUUGACAACUACUACAGCCUGCUGACUGAUGGGCCUCUGGACAGGGAGCAGAUCAGUGAAUACCAGGUCCUGAUCACUGCCUCAGAUGGUGGUUUGCCCCCACUUAGCACCCAAAGGACAAUCACUGUGUCAGUUGCUGAUGUGAAUGACAACACACCAAGUUUUUCUCAAUUGCAACAGGAAAUUUUUGUGGCUGAAAACAGUGGACCUGGGGCCUCUCUAGGCCAAGUGUUUGCCCAGGACCCAGAUCUGGGGGAGAAUGGCCAUAUCUCUUAUCAGCUGUUGGAUAGUUUCUCAGAAGGGCCACCAGCCUCUAGCUUGGUAGCAAUGGAAUCAUCCAGUGGGGCUAUCACCGCCAAAACUUCCUUUGACUUUGAGCAGCUCAGGGGGUUUCACUUCCAGGUGAAAGGCCAAGAUGGUGGCAUUCCUCUUAGAAGUACAACAGUGAGUGUAAACUUGUUUGUGGUAGAUAGGAAUGACAAUGCUCCAGUCAUCUUGUUUCCCUUACCAAAAAAUGGUUCUAUGCCAGUGGAAAUUGUGCGCUCUGCCAGAACUGGACACUUGGUCACAAAAGUAGUAGCAGAGGAUGCAGACAGUGGUUCCAAUGCCUGGCUUUCUUACCACAUCUCUCAGGCUUCUGACUCUAGCCUUUUCAGAAUUUUAGCCAAUAUGGGAGAGGUCCAGAUGGCUCAUUUAGUUUUUCCUACUGAUGCAGUUAAGCAGAGGGUGGUGGUAGUGGUUCAGGACCAUGGAGACCCACCACUUUCCUCCUCUGUCACUUUGGGUGUACUGUUGAGCAACUCUGCCCCUCAGGUCCUUCCAGACUUUGAAGAUAUCUGGGAACCAGGAGAGAAGCUUUCUGCCCAGAACUUGUAUUUGGUAAUUGCACUGGCCAGUGUUUCUUUUUUAUCUCUGGGGUGCUUACUCUUCUUUGUGUGUAUCAAGUUGAGCCAGAGCCCAUGCUGUGGCUCUCAGAGCUGCUGUCGCUCUCCAGAGGACCUGAAGUAUAGAAAGAAGAUGGCUUCAAAUCCUUACAUGACAUCAGCCACAGUCGAUGUCACUACAGUUGAGAGACUUUCUCAGACUUACCUCUAUCGGGCUUCUCUGGGAGUUGGUUCUGAUAAUAAUACUUUACUGUUUUGUGGGAAGUACAAUGCUGCUGACUUGGCCACUGGAGUAGGACUGAAUUUGCCAGUAUCCUAUAUUUGGAUUCAGAAUAGCAAAGGGAAUUGUGCAAAUGUCAAUGCUAUGGUAAGCAAAUUUUAUGGGAUUAGAGUCUUUUGA